AUGGAUUACGAGCGAAUCGGAGAGACCCAGGUUACUAGCGGCGGCGGCUUAUCUCCGGGGAAGUUAAGGACUAUGCUUCUCGGUGUUGAUAGAAAGAAGAAACAAGAACCUGAGUCAAACCAAAUUCAUGACCUUGUUGCUAGUGGGUCAGAUGAUUUUAAAGAUGUUGAUGUUGUGACUGAGAUUACUUCUGGGAUGGUUGAUUACGACAAUGUGAAUGAGGUUAAGAGCCUUUCUACUGCAUCCCUCUUUGAGUUUCAAAAGACAGAAAAGGACAACAAGGUUACUCCAAGAAUGACCGUUAGAUCAUUCUCUAAACCGGCUCCAUCUAAAUGGGACGAUGCUCAGAAAUGGAUCGCUAGUCCAACAUCUAACCGUCCCAAGACAGGACAGAAAAAAGGGCCUAGCUUUGGUCGGCAGUCUUCAAUUAAAACUGUUGAUGAAGAACCUGAUACAAAGCGGGUAGAUGUAAGCCAAGUGAAGAAGAAGGAGACAGGAGGACACAAGUUUGUUAGCUGGGAAGUGGACUCAUAUAACUCCGUUGUAGCAUCAGCAACUGAAGUGAAUCUAAGUCGACAUGACUCGUUAAUGGCAACUGCGUUUGCUCAACCGCCUUCAACAGCGAGAUCUGUCUCAAUGAGAGACAUGGGAACUGAGAUGACUCCAAUAGCAAGCCAAGAACCUUCUAGAAAUGGGACACCGAUUAGGGCAACGACGCCAAUCCGAAGUCCUGUAACUUCUGCACCUUCAAGUCCAGGGAGACAAGGAUUGAGUAAGAAAGAAUUGUCUGAGAAAGAGAUUCAAAUGAAAACUAGGAGAGAGAUAAUGGUGUUGGGAACACAGCUUGGGAAGUUAAACAUUGCUGCUUGGGCCAGUAAAGAGGAUGAAGACAAAGAUGCUCAGACUUGUAAGAGUGUUUCUGAAGCUCGUGCAUCCGCGUGGGAGGAAGCUGAAAAGGCUAAGCACAUGGCUAGGUUUAGACGCGAAGAGAUGAAGAUACAAGCAUGGGAGAAUCAUCAAAAGGCUAAAUCUGAAGCCGAGAUGAAGAGAACAGAGGUGGAAGUUGAGAGGAUAAAGGGACGAGCGCAAGAGCGUUUGAUGAAGAAACUAGCUGAGAUUGAGAGGAAAGCAGAGGAGAAACGAGCAGCUGCUGAAGCAAAGAAGAAUCGUCAAGCAGCUAAAACAGAGAAACAAGCUGAACAAAUCAGAAGAACAGGGAAAGUACCUUCAUGGUUAUUCUCUUGUUCUAGCUUUUGUUCUUAG